GACUGGAAUGAACACAGACGCCUUCGUAACAAAGUAACCGAAAUAAACAGAAAGGCAAGAAAAGAUUACUUCAGAAACAAGCUUGAAGAAAAUCGUGGAAAACCUAAAGCUUUCUGGGACGCAUUACGUCUGGUCCUUCCAUCCAAGAAAAACUGCAAUGAAAUUGAAAGGUUAGUGGUUGAUGGCGAAGAGUUAAGUGACAAGCGUGACAUUGCUAAUUCUUUAAACGAAUAUUUUACAACAAUUGCAUCCUCGUUGUUAGCCAGUCACCAAUCCCACGAGUACCAAGCAGCUCCACAGCAGGAAAACGACCCGGUCAUUUCAAACUGCGCAAAAAUGGACAAUGUUUGA